CGCCGGCAAUGAAACUGGAUGUCACCAAAUUGAACCUUAAUCUGACAAUCAAUGAAAACCAAUUGAACCACUAUUUAGAUAAUAAUGAUACAGAAAAACAAACGACUCGUGAGUCGGCACCGACACCGCGGCCGCCGCCGCCGGAAAGGGGUCAGUGGUCGGGAAAGUUGGACUUUAUAUUCAGUUGUAUUAGCUAUGCCGUAGGUCUGGGCAAUGUAUGGCGAUUCCCAUAUCUCGUUUAUGACAACGGAGGCGGUGCAUUUUUGGUACCAAACUAUAUAUGUGUGAUUCUGGUGGGAAUUCCYAUGUUUUUGCUGGAGGUAGCACUGGGYCAGUACCUGAACACCGGUGGYAUAGCUAUCUGGAAUUUGGUACCAAUUUUUAAAGGUAUCGGUUUUGCAUCGAUGGUAAUGAUAGGUCUGUGUAACGUAUAUUAUGUAAUACUGAUUGCUUGGACACUGUUUUAUUUGGUCCAAUCGUUUACAUCGGAACUGCCGUGGAGUUCCUGUAACAACACAUGGAAUACAGACAACUGUAUGUCUCAUAUAACCAGUGAUAGUCAUCCGGAAGCUGUAUCGCCGGUCAAAGAGUACUGGGAAAAUCGUGUAUUAGAGAUAACAACCGGCAUUCACGACAUGGGAACCAUACGAUGGGAACUAUUGAUCUGUUUGUUUGUGGCGUCGGCACUGGUCUACGGUAUUAUAUGGAAAGGGCUGCACCAGAGCGGCAAAAUCAUAUGGUUUACGGCCACCUUUCCCUAUGUUAUACUAUUCAUAUUAUUCAUCAGAGGUGUUACACUGGAGGGGGCCAGCAAUGGACUGUUGUUUUAUUUGAAACCCGACUUUUCACGACUGAGUGAUUCAAAAGUUUGGGUAUCGGCYAGCACCCAGGUACUAUUUUCCUAUGGCAUUGGUAUAGGUGCUAAUGUAGCACUUGGCAGCUAUAAUAAAUAUCAUCACAAUUUUUACAGAGAUUCAAUCAUUGCAUGUGUGGUCAGUAGUGCCACGAGUCUGUUCUCCGGGUUUGUCAUAUUUUCGGUAUUAGGACAUAUGGCACACGUACAACAAAARGCCGUAUCGGAAGUGGCCAAAUCGGGACCUGGCCUGGCAUUCCUGGCCUAUCCCGAAGUGGUCACAUUGUUGCCAAUAUCGCCGCUCUGGUCGAUACUGUUUUUCCUGAUGCUUCUCAUACUSGGUAUCGAUAGUCAGUUCUGUACUGUCGAAGCGUUUGUGACGGGCGUUGUGGACGAGUGGCCCCGAUAUCUGAGGCCACGCCGUAAACUGUUUACACUAUCGGUAGUUAUCGCACAGUUUUGUCUGGGUUUGCCAUUGAUUACCGGCGGCGGUAUGUAUAUCUUUGAGCUAAUGGACUAUUUCAGUGCCAGUGGUUUCUCGUUAUUGUUGGUCGUCUUUGCCGAAAUUGUUGGCCUCUGUUGGGUGUUUGGUGCCACAAAUAUCUAUAAAAAGAUGACUGAUAUGCUUGGAUUUAGACCCUGGCGGUGGUUUUACUAUUGUUGGGUYGGCUUAGCACCGGUAUAUAUUGCYGCUAUAUUCCUGUUUUCUGUGAUCAAGUAUGAAAAGGUCAUGUAUGCCGAUACCUAUGAGUAUCCCUGGUAUGGGGAACUGAUCGGUUGGCUAAUGGCCAGUGCAUCCAUCAUAUGUAUACCAUUGUAUGCGCUAUACUUUUUGUUUGUCAAAACGGAUCAAUCGCUUACAUUAAAAGAGCGCCUAUUAAUAGGUGUGACGCCUAAGAUAACGGCACGCAAAGAGAAGGACACCGUCUAUAUUGAGGAGUCGUCUGAAGAGUCGUCGUCAAUAUCGGACACGACCUCACAGAUCAAUGUCGUAUCAAAUGAUCCGUCCGGUGAUAAACAACUAUCAUAUCAACACAACUAUUAGAGAGAGAGAGAGAGAGAGAGAUAGAGAGAGAGA